AACCAGAUCAAAUGCCUAUGUAACCCAGUGAUCUAUAACACGUGUGUUAUCAUACUAAUGCUAACAGACAGAGAGUCCUGGUGAUGCUACAAGCCUACCUACAUCACGAUGUGACCAUACUAUUGAGGUACACACAUUGCUUCAAGACGUUGAUAAAUAAUGGAGGACAUCGUAUAACAUGGAAAAUCACGAAAAGACACCUUGUGAUGAGGAUUCUGUACAGACAAUGUAUGCACCCGAUGGAUCAAUUGAUACCAUGUCAAUUUGCGAGAAUGAUGAUGAAGAUGAUACCAUUCGCCAAUCCUGUCUAAGAAGAAACGCCUUACUAGUGUUUGUGGCCAUUGGUGUUGCUGCAGGCUUCGGCCUUGGAUUCGGACUCAGGUCUGCAGACUUGUCGGCCGAUGCUAUCAUGUGGUUGGGUUUACCAGGGGAACUGUUCAUGAAUGUGCUUAAAAUGACUAUAAUCCCUCUCAUUGUUGGCAGUAUUAUAGCAGGUACAGCAACAUCCGACCCCCGAUCAAAUGGACGGAUCAGCAUCCUCUCACUAGCUUUUAUCGUGGCUACUAACUUGUUUGGCGCCGUUAUGGGUAUAACGGCAUAUUUCAUCUUACGAUUGGGUGGCGACAUCACAAACACACACGUGCACAGUGGCUCGAGUCCAGACUCCCAACACCUUCAGACGCAGGACAUGUUUGCUGACCUUUUACGGAAUAUUGUACCCAACAAUAUCAUCACUCCAACUUUUCAAAAAGCUCAGACCAGGUACACUAGUGUGUUCUCCGUCGUAGACAAUAAUGGAACAAACGUCACAGUACAAGUCUUCGUCCGUCAUGUUGGCGUUGCCAGUACUACAAACGUAUUGGGUGUAAUUUUGAUCUCAGCUGUGGUUGGGUUAGCCGCAAGUACUGUGAAGGAAUCCUCCACCAGCUUUGUACCAUUCUUCACGGCCACGUCUGAUAUUUUCAUCAGGAUAAUGAGGUGGUUUGUUUGGUCGACACCAGUCGGCGUGGCGAGUCUGAUUUGCGUGUCGAUAAUACGUGUAGAAAACCUUGAGGACACAUUUAGAAGCCUGGGAAUGUUCCUCCUUACGUUCACGGUAGGAAACCUUCUGCAACAGCUUCUGCUUAUCCCCUCCAUCUACUUCCUGGCACUGCGGAAGAAUCCCUUCACGUUCCUACUGAGUACGGCCCGGCCCUGGAUGACCGUGUUUGGUCCUCCAAGUUCGAUCGUCGGUAUGCCGGACAUGAUCACAGUCUGCGAGGAAACCCAUCACGUUGACAAACGAGUAUCCAGCUUUGCUAUUCCAUUCAGCGUGACUCUUUGUCGAGCCGGAAGUUGUUACUUCAUAAGCCUUUCAGCCCUCUUUAUGUAUUCCAUGGAAGGGCUGCAUCCAUCCGUCUCUGACGUCAUACUGAUCGGGAUCCUUACGACGCUUAGUUCACUAGCCAUCCCAUCAAUUCCGAGUGGUUCUAUCGUAGCCAUUAUAAUCAUCCUAUCUUCACUCAACAUAGACACGACAUCGGUGGGUGUACUGAUGGCACUGGAAUGGUAUACAGAUCGGAUGCGAACGGGAAGUAACAUGUUACACAUGGUGACGUGUACGAUCGUGGUGGACAAGUUGUGUGCCCCACAGCUACAGAGACGUAAACUCGAAGAGAAUGGCGAUGUCGACGACACAACACACAUCUAGAUGUUAAACCUUUUCGUAUUUCGGAUUUUAUAAUCGGGUUAAAUUCUAAUAUAUUGAUAUUACAAUUAAGAAAACAAAUUACUAAACCAGCGAAACAUUAUAUUUCGAUAAUCAAGAGUUCUACCUCUUGAUCAAAACAUAUUUUAUGACAGUCAGUUACGUUUUAAUUUAGCUUCAUAUUUUCUUUUGAAUCGGGAAUUCUGACAAUUGACACGCCAGUGAAGUUUCUUUUGGAUACGUGUUAAAUGUUCUACGAUCUUAUGGACACACAUUUAACAUUUAACGGAAAUCACCUGUUGUGUGUCAAUAAAACGGCUGGUCACCCACUGUCAUUUUGCGUUUGUGCUCAAGGAUGUAAUAAAAUAUCUUGAUUAAGAAACUUCGUUUCAAAUCACUGAUAGAAGAAUAAUUUGGAGUGGAUAACCUGGUUUGUACCACAUUGUAUCUGAGAAAUCCAAGAAGUUUUGUAAAAUGUGUUCCUAGUGAUAUUUCACAAACAAAAUUCUAAGUUUGUUCCUUUUUCCCUUUUAUCAGUUUACACAUGAAAUGUACAGUGUGUCCGAUUUUUUUGUCGAAAGA